CGCACUAACAUUCAAGAAGUUGUAACUAUGGCAUUGAUCUCCAGUAACGAAUACCAGUAUACACGAUUCACCUGCAACGUCGCCUGAAUUGUGCUUUGCGGAAAAGACAGCUCGAGGCUGAAUUUUGUGGCAAUAUACAGACAUAUGGGCAAUUUUUAGAUUAACACGUAGCGUUUGCUGGUGCAAAAAGGAUGUUAACAACGCCUUUCAUCACUUUCCUUGCGUCGCUAGCAUUUUUUCACUGCAGCGAAUUCUUGUUGGCCUACGCCUUUAUGCGUCACGAGCUUUCGCUGAGCUCCUGGCUGGUCAGCAAACCGUAUGCCGUGGCUAUGGCCUUCGCUUUGUUCGAGUAUUGGUUGGAAUCGUGGCUGCUGCCGGGCUGGAAGAUAGGGAGCGGAGGCAUGGGGUACCUUGCAUGGAGUGGGCUGGCCCUCGUGCUGCUAGGCGAGGGGAUACGCAAGCUGGGCAUGUUCACGGCCGGCGGUAACUUCACCCACAACAUCCGAACGGAGCGACAUCCCGCGCACUCGCUG